CCCGGAUCUACUCCAUACGGUCUCGUUGUGUACUACUGGUAUCGGCCUGUUUGUGUGCGAUGUGACGGUUGCCUUGGCCCCUCACGGAGGCCGGGUGAUGAGCUGCUCGUACCGGAUGGGUCGCUCUGCUGGCAGUACCAGAGCUCCACGGCAUCGCGGGGAGCAGCAAGCAUGAACAUGCGAGAUACCGGGGAUCUUACACAACCACCGAUGUUCUACUACCGCGUUGCCAUCGCCCACAAACCAAGAGCCCCGCGCACGCCCGCCGCACUCCCAACGCUACGUGUUGCCCCAGCAUGCCCUGCAGCCGUAUGCUCACCACACCCCGCCGCCGCGCCCGCCUACGGUUCGUUGGCUGGCUGCACGCACACUGCCCAUCUCGACUCUCGCCGCUUCUCCUGCGCUCGCCGCACUGCCUUCCCCGCAUGCCGCCCCGCCCGCCUCCUGUUCGCAUACACGCGCGCCCCGUCCUGCCACUACGCCACAGUCCCUAUGCUCUCUGCUGGCCGCCCAUCCAUCGGCGCGGCGCCCGCCUCCGAUUCGCUGGCUCGUGGCUCGCGCACCGUCCAUCUCGCUGCACCGCCUCCCCACCCGCCAUUGCAUCCGUAUCGCGCACGCGUCCCGUUCGCUGGCGCGUGCUCUCGGCCGCCACCGAAAUACGCCGCGCCUGGCAUAGAGAAGCAGGCCCACUGCGAGUACUUCCCCGCGGACCCUAUUCAAAAUCGCUGCUUCGCCAUCUGCUGGACCGCGGACACGGAGUGCUAUAGCGCCACCACCGACUACGCGCUUGUGGACGGGUAUGGUGCGCGCAUCCGCGUUGUCGGGAUUCGGCAACACGUUGGGGUUUGCUGCGUUCGUGCAUGUUCGCUCGUGCAUACUUCGUUCGCUUCUAUCCCUGUAUCAAAACCGCCUGGUGGCUUCUUGUCGAACACGUCGUUGCUCGAGGCGCCAGCGAAUUCUAGCAUGUGGCGUGCACGGUCUAGCGUGGUGUUACCCACGACUCGGACAGUCCUCGCCGGCACAUCCAUCCACGAGGAUGUGCUCUUUGCGAAAGGCGCGGGGUGCCACAUGGAGUAUGGCGGCGGCGGCAAUGUCAAGUUGGGCGGGAUGUUGCACACCUCGCCCGCCUUCAGGUGCCAUGUCGGCCAAUCACCCAGCGAACCAGGACACGCUGCUCGAAAGGCUGCUGCUGCGAGUACUCCCUGGUACUGGCUGUCUCUGCGGAAGCCCGUGACAGCUGGCCACUCAAUCCAGUUCGACGGUGGCCCCGCCGCCUUCCUCUCUGCCUGCAUGUGCCACAUGCGCUAUGCCAGCACCGAGUGCAGGGCCACGCCUGGCUACAACUAUGCCGGCGCACUCUCCGAGCGGUGCUCGGGGCUGCCAGGAAUGGGAGGGAGAGAGACGUUGGGCGGCCGCGCCUUCCCGCCACCUCCGAAGACCGUCCUCGACGUUGCACCCGUCCCGCCGGCACGACCCGCUGUUGCACCCGCGCAGAUAAAGAUCGCAUUGCUCCUGAUCUGA